GGUGGUCCCCGGCACUAAAUUCCCUAGGACAGGCCGAUCUCAGAGGAUAGCAAUCUGGACCGCCCAGCUCACCCCUCUUCGCCCCUCAAAUUCUCUCAGACCACAGAUGGGGCAGGUUCCCAUUUCAAUUCUCCUUCGCUCUCUGACCUAAACUCUCAAGCGCGCGCUGCCCUCAUCAGCCUGUCAGAGCCUGCGCAACCUGGGACUUCGAGCCAAGACAUCCUCAAGCGACCAUACUUCAGCAAAACAACAGAGUCAAAUACAAGCCUGCAACGACUUACUGCACAGCGUCUCCUACCUACCCGGUCGCCGGGAAAAGAGCGGCGCGGCGCCACGGCGGCCACGCUUCCCCGUGACGUCACACAAGGCGCCCGGAAAUGGCGGCCGGGCUCCUACGUCAUUGGGCUGCGUCGGGGUGGCGGUUGCUGUACAGUUGUUGGGAGGGGACGAGAGGUGGAGUAGCUGGGGCAAAGAUCAUGCCGAAUAGCGACAGGUUUCCUGGACAGCAGAGACAGCUAGGCUGGGGAUGAAAGAAGCAGGGCAGAUGCAAAAUCUGGAGAGCGCGGAGGCUGGGCGGUCAGUCAGCACCCAGACUGGCAGCAUGACCGGUGAAAUACCAAGGCUUUCUAAAGUCAACCUUUUCACUCUGCUCAGUCUCUGGAUGGAGCUCUUCCCAGUAGUCGAAACCCAAAGACAAAAAUCUCAGGAAAAAGAGGAGGGAAAGCAUGGACCCUUAGGAGAUAAUGAAGAGAUGGCCAGAGUAUCUACUGAUAAAAAACAGGUGAAGAGAACUGGUCUCGUGGUCGUAAAAAACAUGAAAAUUGUUGGUCUCCACUGUUCUAGUGAAGAUUUACAUGCUGGGAAAAUUGCUCUGAUAAGACAUGGGUCAAGGCUGAAAAACUGUGAUCUUUAUUUUUCCAGAAAACCAUGUUCUGCUUGUUUGAAAAUGAUUGUAAAUGCUGGAGUUAACCGAAUUUCCUACUGGCCUGCUGAUCCAGAAAUAAGUUUGCUUACUGGGGCUUCUAGUUAUGAAGAUGCAAAAUUAGAUGCCAAAGCAGUGGAAAGAUUGAAGUCAAACAGCCGGGCCCAUGUGUGCGUCUUACUUCAGCCUUUGGUGUGUUAUAUGGUGCAGUUUGUAGAAGAGACCUCUUACAAAUGUGACUUUAUCCAAAAAAUUUCAAGAACAUUGCCGGACACUAACAUUGACUUUUACUCUGAAUGUAAACAAGAAAGAAUAAAAGAAUAUGAAACGAUAUUUUUGGUUUCCAAUGAAGAACUGCAUAAGCAAAUACUAAUGACUAUAGGUUUGGAGAACCUCUGUGAAAAUCCAUACUUUAGCAAUCUAAGGCAAAACAUGAAAGACCUUAUCCUACUUUUGGCCGCAGUAGCUUCCAGUGUGCCCAACUUUAAACACUAUGGAUUUUAUUGUGGCAGUACCGAGCAGAUUAAUGAAAUUCACAAUCAAAGUUUGCCACAAGAAAUUGCAAGGCACUGCAUGAUUCAGGCCAGGUUAUUGGCAUAUCGGACUGAGGAUCAUAAAACAGGAGUUGGAGCAGUCAUCUGGGCAGAAGGAAAAUCUAAAAGUUGUGAUGGAACGGGUGCGAUGUACUUCAUAGGAUGUGGUUAUAAUGCUUUUCCUGUUGGGUCCGAGUAUGCUGACUUCCCGCACAUGGAUGACAAACAGAAAGACAGAGAAAUAAGGAAAUUCAGAUACAUUGUACACGCGGAACAAAAUGCCUUGACAUUUAGGUGUCAAGAAAUAAAACCAGAAGAAAGAAGUAUGAUUUUUGUGACAAAGUGCCCAUGUGAUGAAUGUGUACCUUUAAUUAAAGGUGCAGGCAUAAAACAAAUCUAUGCAGGGGAUGUAGAUGUUGGAAAAAAGAAGGCAGACAUCUCUUACAUGAGAUUUGGGGAACUUGAGGGUGUUAGCAAAUUUACAUGGCAACGGAAUCCGUCAGGAUCUUCUGUUCCUGAAAAAAAUGAGCCUGAAAGCAGAGAGAAUGGUGUGUUGGGACUCAUACCCUUGGAUGAAGAACAGCACCAAAACAAGAAGCUCCGUCUUGCAAACCACUCAGAAGUCCUGUCUAAGCUGGAGUGAAGGCCUCGAGAGUUUUUAUUGCACUUUUAAAAUCCAGCCCUGUUAACUCAGAAAAUAAGAAUGGAUUUUGUGAAUAACUGAAAAAAAAUUUUUAAGGAAGCUAAUUUAUUACUAGCAUAUGAAUGAUAUUAAUGAGAAUGUUUUUAUUUUAGAUUUAUUUGUGUGUUUUCCGAAUGUAGUGGUGUGUUCUUUUAUUACAUGUAAUGGGGUGUCAGCAAUUUAAUGAGACCAGUUUAUUUGGCAACAGGGAUUGAUCUCUCCUUGUCUUAGCUUUCUGUUAGCCAGCCAGAAUGGGGCUGGUUUACUCAAGGUCACAUCUUGGCAGAGAAUUACAUACAUUUUCAGAAAUAUUAAUUCCUUUGGAUUAUGAAGGUGAUGCCUAGUAAGCUCCUCCAGAGAAAUAAACGUGACCGUUUUAAAGUCAGUGUGUAGCUCACCAGAUUUCACAUUUAUACCCAAAUUUUCUAAUAAUCAGAAUUUAUUUAAUUAGAAUUGAGCCAUAAAAAUGAAGUCGGUGGGUCUGAUCACCAUUAUAAAAAGUGUACUCCUAACAAGAUUAUUAGUUUUUCUCUCAAUCUUUCUGUGUAUAGAAAUCACAGUCAUUUGCUGGCCCAGGGUGUUAUAUCACUGAUUUGGGGUAGCAAUAAGAAGAGAUUAUUAUUCUGAGAUACUAUUUGCCAUCACCAGCUCUUGCAGUCACUAACAGUGAACCUGGAAUUUGGUUGUGAGGUUAACGGAGAAGAAAUAUUUUGGUCUUGAAUAUUGGAACAAGUCUUUUUCAAGUUCCACUCAGAAAUUCUGCCCAUUAUUCCCUCCAUAUCGUUAACAUAGCGUGUCUCAUAGCUUUGAAUGGAAGGCCUUUUAAAAGCAUCUGCAAACUUUUAGAAUACCAAAAGUCUUGAAAGUAAACAUUAUGGUCAGUUCACUUAUAUCCCAAAUUUCUCUUCGUGAAUCCUCUCGUUUUUGUUUGCUGCGAAACUUUCAGAAAAUUAGUCCAAAGAUGAAGCUGCAUAUUUCAUACUUUCCUGGAGUUGGGGAGGGAGUUGUGUGGCCUGUGGCCCACGGGCCUAGAGUGCGGUCCUGAGGAAUGACUGCCCUUGUUUCGUGCAGCUGUCCAGGCUCAUGCAGCUGCCCAGGCUCGCCUCUGCCAUUGCCCCCUUUCUUUCCAUGCCAUCACUCGGCCUUCAGAGGCCUCCUACCAGUUUCUCAGAAUUGUACCCAGGACAAUGAAUGUGUUGACCAAUGCCCUGCUGGGACAGCAGCCUAAUUCCCCAGGAGGUCAGUCCACACGGCAGUUGGGAUGGAGAGCAUGGAAUAGAGAGGGAGGGGAGGAAAGAGGCCUUUAGAGAUGACAGGCUAAUUUGAAAACCAGUAGGUACGCUAUUCUUUAACAUUUAUCAGUAUGAAAAUACUGCGAUUUGCUCACAUUGUGCUCAAGUUCAUCUUAGAUGUGUUUAACUGAUAUGUCGACGACAUCAAAUAUUUUGUAAAUCAAUCAGCAAAUGUCUUAUAAAGCCCCAAUAUCUAGUA